AUCCCAUCGCGUUUCCGUGCAACACAAAAAAGCAAAAGACGAAUAGUUGGGUAUAUCUAAACCACAACGGGCAACGCGCUGAAGUGAUACCACGGUAUGGUAUAAGUAUAUUCCAGGGCCCAUUACAAUACACGGAAUGUCUUCGAGGCUUUGGGCGCCAUGAAGCUCAAACUCAGGCCGCUGCUAUCGGCGGUUCGCACAAGGCGCACUGGGACGUCCCAUAUCCAGCCAUGGUUGCAGCCCCUAUUCCGGGAUGCAGCGCUGUGCAGGCGCUUUCAGUCGCAGGCGAGCACGCCGAAGACCUCGGAGCCAUUGCGCAUUCUGUUUUGCGGCUCCGAUGAGUUUAGUGUGGCGAAUUUGAGGGCGAUAUAUGACGAACAUGUCAAGAACCCAAGCCUGAUCGAGUCCAUUGAUGUGGUGAUCAGGCCCGGCAAGCGCGUAGGACGGGGCUAUAAGAAGAUUCAGCAUCCACCGCUCAGGGAAUUUGCCACGGAGCUCAAUCUUCCCAUACAUGAGCGCGAUACAUUCACAGGCUGGAGCAUGCCCUCCAAUAUCAAUCUGAUAAUCGCAGUCUCGUUCGGCCUCUUUGUCCCCCCACGUCUUCUGCGAGGCGCCAAGUAUGGCGGGCUCAACGUGCACCCGUCGCUCCUGCCCGAGUUCCGGGGCCCGGCACCACUGCACCAUACUUUGCUUGCUGGUCGCAGGACAACAGGCGUGACGCUGCAGACUCUCGAUGACAAGACAUUUGACGCGGGCGUUAUACUGGCCCAGACGCCCUUGGACGACGCCUAUCAAGUACCGCAGACUUAUACGGUACCAGAGUUGCAAGCAGCGCUGACGCCUUUGGCUACGCACAUGCUUGUCCAGAGCCUCCGUGAAGGUCGGCAUGUGCACCCCCAACAGGCGGUAGGCUGGACCCUGGACAAGCGCCAUCUCGAACUUGGGGCGGAUGACUGCUCCAAGUACAAAAGGGUAGUAGAUGGUCUGCGUAGCCACGACAGCUGGGAAUCGGCAGACGUUCAGCAAGAAUUUGCCGAGUUGAAGAAGUCCGAUCCAUCCUUGGCGCAGACCAUAUUCGAAGCAGCGAACUUGCCAGAUGGGAACGAGCCGGCACCAAAGAUUACGUCUACGCUGCGCCAGCUUGUCGGCCGUCCUAGGUCUGGAGUUUGGACCGCCAGGACUGCGGUGCAUUCACAGCGCAUCAUUGGGCCGUUGUGGUUCAUGGCACGGGAUCUAGAAGGGAAAACGAAGAGGGUUAUCGUGGAGGGCGAACUUCGCGAAGUUACAUCACAGGAGGGGAAACAACUCUUCCAAAGGCCGGGUAAAUAUCACCGAUUCAAAAUUUACCGGCUCAUGGACGGGGAUACACCAGACUCGGCCAAGCCCGAGUUUGAUGCAUUUAUUUGGGCCCCUGAUGAUGAAACUGAGAACGUUUACCUUGUUGACCGCAGUAACCUAAAGUCUGGUGAGCAUGCCAUACACACUGAUCCCAUACCUGUCGUAAAUGACGGACCAGACAUUUCCAUCUAUGAUGUCUGUCAAUCCGCAUUAGAAAUUCGUCAGUUGAAAAUCGAGGGUGGGAAGGUCAAGCCGGCUAAGGUAGCCUUUGCUCAUUUAUCUCUUGAAGAGUGUCAAUUGCAGGAUAUUCUUUCCGCUCAUCGUAUCCCGUACUAUUUGGACAGUUAGGACAACAAUUAACAAAAAUAACGACUACUAGUUCGGGAUUCGACGGGUGAAUGAGGAUAUUUCUGGUGCUGAUAAAGCCAUGUGCACGACUGUCAUAUCUCAAUAUAUGGAAACGUACACGCCCAAGACCAUAACCACCAGUUUUGUAUCCUAGAUGAGUCAAUUUGGAACUAUCGUAUCACUCGUUGCUUCAAGUCAAAUC